ACCGGCGCUGAAGCGUCUCCCGUGCACACCGUACAUAACAUUAAAAAAUAACGGGAAAUUGUAUCGACUACGCGCCGAAAUCGUCGUAGUUCGUCCUCGUGCUGAUUUGUCGGAUUUCUGCGUUAAAUCACGGACAGACCGAGCCAAUGAAAUAAAUAAAUAAUCGUCUCCAUCCUCAGAUGCUGCCGCCGCUGCAUCCAUACCGGAGGAUUCAGACGCACGGAUGGAGAGCCAGACCGUCGACUGUUUUAAUGAAAUAUAACGCGGUGAAAUAAACACGUCGUACCUUCUGAAUUCAGCUUUAAUGUGUCAACGUACAUGACAUUUAACCGAAACUCUUCAGAUAUCUUGGUGAUUUUACCGGGAUCAUGUGGACACCGACCGAGGACGAGAAGACUGGAGUGGUGGUCUGUAGUUUCCGGGGGUCUGUGUCACAUGGUCUGACUCUAGAGCUUGGAGAAACAGUUCAGAUUCUGGAAAAGUGUGAAGGAUGGUACAGAGGUUUUUCCAGCAAGAAGCCCGCAAUCAAGGGUAUCUUCCCAGCCGGCUAUGUUCACUUGAAGAAGGCGGUCGUCACCAACAGGGGCCAAUAUGAGACUGUCGUCCCCCUGGAAGACCCCAUUGUGACAGAGGUCACCUCUACACUUCAAGAGUGGUCUGUUCUGUGGAAGCAGUUGUAUGUGAAGCAUAAAGUGGACCUGUUUUACAAGGUCCGUCACGUAAUGAGCGAGCUGAUUGAUCUAAGAAGACAACUGCUAUCAGGUCACCUGACCCAGGAUCAAGUCAGAGAAGUCAAACGCCACAUCACUGUACGACUGGACUGGGGCAAUGAGCACUUAGGUCUGGAUCUGGUGCCCAGGAAAGAGUUUGAAAUGGUUGAUGCAGACCAGAUAAGUGUUUCAGAUCUCUAUAAAAUGCACCUAUCCAGCAGACAUAGUGUCCAGCAAAGCACAUCACAGGAUGGCGGAAGACAAAGGCAUGGCGACUCGUGUCGGAUGCCCGUGCCGCACCAUCUUUUCGUCAACCUGAAGAGCUUCACAUACAACACCAUCGGCGAAGACACUGACAUCUUCUUCGCUCUGUAUGACCUCAGAGAGGGCAAGCAAAUCAGUGAGAAGUUUAUGGUGAGACUGAACAAAAAUGGCGGCCCAAAAAAUCCAGAGAAGGUGGACCGUCUCUGCGCGCUCUUCACGGAUCUAAGCAACAAAGACAUGAAGCGAGAUCUGUAUAUUGUGUCCCAUGUUAUCAGGACGGGGCGAAUGUUGCUCAAUGAUUCGAAGAAAGGCCCCCCUCAUGUGCAGUACCGCAGGCCGUACGGAUGUGCAGUGUUGGCCAUGAGCGACGUCCUUCAGACCAUCUCUGAACUCAAAGAGGAGAAAGACUUUGUGCUCAAAGUUUACACUUGUAAUAAUGAAAAUGAGUGGUACCAGAUUCACGAGAACAUUAUCCGCAAGUCCAGCACCAAAUACACUGCCCCCAGUACGAACUACGGUCUAAUCAUCUCCCUGCAACUGUUACGUGGUGAAAUUGAGCAGGUGCGCAGGGAAAACCCCAUGAUAUUUAACCGCGGCGUGGCCAUCACGCGGAAACUGGGCUUCCCCGAUGUGAUCAUGCCAGGUGAUAUCCGUAAUGAUCUCUACCUCAUGCUUGAGAAAGGAGACUUUGAGAGAGGAGGCAAGAGUGUUCAAAAGAACAUUGAGGUCACCAUGUAUCUGCUCUACGCUGAUGGCGAGAUCCUCAAAGAAUGCAUUAGUCUGGGCUCAGGAGAGCACAACAUCAGCGAGUAUCGCUCUUUCGUGCUCUAUCACAACAACAGUCCUCGCUGGAGUGAGGUCAUCAAACUCCCAAUCCCCAUCGACCGAUUCCGGGGGUCCCAUCUGCGCUUUGAAUUCAGACACUGUUCAACAAAGGACAAAGGAGAAAAGAAGCUUUUUGGCUUCGCGUUCACUCCGCUCAUGAGAGAAGAUGGCACCACACUGUCAGACGAGAGCCAUGAGCUUUACGUCUACAAGUGUGAUGAGAACACAACCUUCAGUAACCAUGGGCUGUACCUGGGACUGCCCUGCUGUAAAGACGACUUCAGCGGCUGCCCAAACCUCCCGUCAAGCCUCAUAUUCCAGCGCAGCACUAAGGAAAACCUCUGGAUUUCCACUCAGCUCUCUUCCACCAAAUUAACACAGAAUGUCGAUCUACUAGCUUUGUUAAAGUGGAAAGCACAUCCGGACAGCGUAAUGGACAUUUUGGGUCGAUUACGGCACGUCUGCGGGGAGGAAAUAGUCAAAUUUCUUCAAGACAUCCUUGAUACACUGUUUUCCAUUCUGGAUGACAACACGGACAAAUACGGACCGCUGGUGUUUCAGUCACUGGUGUUUAUCAUCAAUCUACUCCGGGACAGUAAAUUUUAUCACUUCCGGCCUGUGAUGGACACUUACAUCCAGAAGCAUUUCGCUGGAGCUCUGGCUUACAAGGAGCUCAUUCGCUGUCUUAAGUGGUUUAUGGACCGAUCAGCAGAAGUCGUACGACAGGAUCACAUUCAGGAAGCCAUGAGGGCUCUGGAGUACCUGUUUAAGUUCAUCGUCCAGUCGCGGAUCCUCUACUCGCGAGCCACAUGUGGGAUGGAGGAAGACCAGUUUCGUGCCAGUAUCCAGGAGCUUUUCCAGUCCAUCCGCUUUGUGCUCAGCCUCGACAGCCGCAGCUCUGAAACGCUAAUUUUCACACAGGCUGCCCUGCUCAACUCUUUUCCUGCCAUUUUUGACGAGCUCCUACAGAUGUUCACAGUGCAGGAAGUGGCAGAAUUUGUAAGGGGAACUCUGGGGAGUAUGCCCAGCACAGUCCACAUUGGUCAGUCCAUGGACGUGGUAAAGCUGCAGUCCAUUGCUCGAACAGUGGAUAGCAGGCUUUUCUCCUUCCCAGAAUCAAGGAGAAUUCUACUUCCUGUUGUUCUCCAUCAUAUUCAUCUGCAUCUGCGGCAGCAGAAAGAGCUUCUUAUCUGCUCAGGGAUCCUAAGCAGCAUCUUCUCCAUUGUUAAGAGCAGCUCACUGGAGAGCUCAGUGCAGGAAGAGGUGGAGAUGAUGGUGGAGAGUUUAUUGGAUGUGUUGUUGCAGACGCUACUGGCCAUCAUGAGUAAAUCUCAGUCUCAGGAGGCGGUAAGAGGACAGCGCUGUCCACAGUGCACAGCUGAGAUCACUGGGGAAUACGUGUCUUGUCUGUUAUCCCUUCUGCGACAAAUGUCGGACAUUCACUUUCAACACCUGCUAGACAACUUCCAGAGCAAAGAGGAGCUGAAGGAGUUCUUACUGAAGAUUUUCUGUGUGUUCAGAAACCUGAUGAAGCUCAGUAUAUUUCCCAGAGACUGGAACGUCAUGAGACUCUUGACCAGCAAUAUCAUUGUGAGCACAACUCAGUAUCUGUCACCUGCUCUGCAUAAGAGCUUCACGGAUGCUGACUUUGAUUUUAAGGUUUGGAAUUCUUACUUUAGUCUGGCAGUGUUGUUUAUCAACCAGCCCAGUCUACAGCUGGAGAUGCUCACACCAGCCAAGAGGAAGAAGGUCUUUGACAAGUAUGGUGAUAUGAGAGUAAUGAUGGCUUACGAGCUAUUUAGCAUGUGGCAGAAUUUGGGUGAGAAUAAGAUCCACUUCAUACCAGGAAUGAUCGGGCCAUUCUUGGGUGUGACGCUUGUACCACAGAAUGAAGUGCGAAAUAUAAUGAUCCCCAUCUUUCACGAUAUGAUGGACUGGGAACAGCGAAAGAAUGGCAACUUUAAACAGGUGGAGGCAGAACUGAUUGACAAACUGGACAGUCUGGUGUCAGAAGGCAAAGGAGAUGAGAAUUACAGAGAACUCUUCAGUUUGCUAACUCAGCUCUUUGGGCCGUACCCCAGUCUGUUGGAGAAGAUUGAGCAGGAGACCUGGAGGGAGACGGGCAUCUCCUUCGUCACAUCUGUCACACGCCUCAUGGAACGACUGCUGGACUACAGGGACUGUAUGAAAGGUGAUGAGACAGAAAAUAAGAAAAUAGGUUGUACUGUCAACCUGCUGAAUUUCUACAAAUCUGAGAUAAAUAAGGAAGAGAUGUAUAUCCGAUACAUUCACAAGCUGUGUGACAUGCACCUGCAGGCUGAAAACUACACAGAGGCGGCGUUUACUCUACUGCUGUACUGGGAGCUCUUACACUGGGAGGAAAGACCACUGCGAGAAUUCCUGCACUAUCCUGCACAAAGUGAAUGGCAUCGCAAAGAGGGUCUCUGUCGUAAGGUCAUCCAUUACUUCAACAAGGGAAAGUGUUGGGAGUAUGGCAUCCCACUGUGCCGAGAACUAGCUUUCCAGUAUGAGUCCCUUUAUGAUUAUCAGAGCCUCAGCUGGAUACGGAAAAUGGAGGCAGCGUAUUAUGACAACAUUAUGGAACAGCAACGACUAGAGCCAGAGUUUUUCAGGGUGGGCUUUUAUGGGCGGAAAUUCCCCUUCUUCCUCAGGAAUAAGGAGUUUGUUUGCCGGGGACAUGACUACGAAAGGCUUGAAGCUUUUCAGCAAAGAAUGCUGGGUGAAUUUCCACAAGCUAUUGCCAUGCAGCACCCUAAUCAACCAGAUGAGGGAAUUUUGCAGGGUGAAGCCCAGUACUUACAGAUCUAUGCAGUUACUCCAGUGUCUGAAAAUGUAGAUGUGCUGCAGAUGGAUCGUGUACCUGACCGCAUCAAAAGCUUCUACAGAGUCAAUAAUGUCAAACGAUUCCGUUAUGACCGACCCUUUCACAAAGGACCAAAAGACAGGGAAAAUGAAUUUAAGAGUCUCUGGGUUGAGCGGACCACACUUAUCCUCACCCACCCUCUGCCUGGAAUCUCCCGCUGGUUUGAAGUUGAAAAGCGAGAGCUGAUUGAAGUAAGUCCACUGGAGAAUGCCAUUUAUGUGGUGGAGAAUAAGAACCAGGAGCUUCGCACCCUGAUCAGCCAGUACCAGCACAAGCAGCUUCAUGGAAAUAUUAACUUGCUCAGCAUGUGCCUCAAUGGAGUGAUUGAUGCAGCAGUCAAUGGGGGCAUUGCCAGAUAUCAGGAAGCAUUCUUUGAUAAAGAGUACAUUAGCAGCCACCCAGAAGAUACAGAGAAGAUCACCCAACUCAAGGACCUGAUGCAAGACCAGGUUCACAUCCUGGGCAUGGGCCUGGCCGUCCAUGAGAAACUGGUGCACCCGGAAAUGCGUCCGCUGCACAAGAAACUCAUCGAUCAGUUCCAGAUGAUGAGGAGUAGUCUAUGUCAUUGUUUUUAUGUGGCCCUACAGGGCUUGCCCGGUUUAGAGAAACUGAGUCCAGCCUGCUCAGGGGCCAGUACACCACGCGGCAUCCUCGCUACUCACAAUCCCAUGAGUCCUGAGAGUAUUAAACUCAUGCAUCGUCACAGUCCUCUGAAUUUGUUGGGCUCUGUCCGCCACUCCUCCUCUUCUCUCUCCUCUCACACCUCCAGCGAGACAGGGAAUCUGCUCAUCCUGACCGACAGCGUGAUGGAGCACCCGGAGGACCUCUACCGCAUGCAGCCCAGUCCAUCAUCAUCCAGUUUGAGCUCGACGCAUUCGGCUCCAUCUCAGAUAACCAACUCAGGGCACAGCAGCAUCAGAGUUGGCUCCCCGUCAUUACCGGACAGAUAUAGACACAACCGAGAGAUGUUGAUGCUUCUCCCACCACACAGGGACCGUCCCAGCAGUGCCUUGUACCCCAACAUGACUGAGAACGGACAGCCUGCUAACCAUCAGAAGGCUCUGUACCAUCAGGUCAUUGGUCCUUGCAAACCCUGCAGUGACCCCAAUCUCUCUGUGGCUGAUAAAGUGUUGACUGCUCCCAGCAGCUGGAGUUUGGACAGUGGCACCAGGGACACGCUCCCGUUCCACUCUGCUCAUGUGGGGAGUGUGAUGGCCCCAACUGUUCCUCCCCGCAGUCUUCCUCCCGGACACUUCUUGAUGCACUUUGAUGCUUUCCACCACCAGAUCAGCGAACUCCCUCCAGCUCUCCCUGCUCGCUCCUUAAGAAAGUCACCCCUGCACCCUAUACCUGCCUCGCCCACCAGUCCACAAUCGGGCCUGGAUGGCAGUAACUCCACCUUGUCCGGCAGCGCGAGCAGUGGUGUCUCCUCCUUGAGCGAGAGCAACUUCGCCCAGUCCUCCGAGCCUCCGGCUAGAGCCGACACCUUGGACUCUAUGCCGAGCAGCCAGGCCUGGACUACGGACACGGAGGAAGCCGAUAGCCCCUACCUCCCAGUUCGCUACAGUGUCUCCGAGCCCAAUGUUCUGGAACCUCUCAAGCCGGCUCCAUGCCGUAGUCAUUCAGCCCCGUUGGGUGUAACCCCAGGGAUACUCCCUGAUGGGCACCACCAACAUAAUCUCCACCUUCACCAUCACCUCCCGCAUGCAAUUCACAUCACCCACCCCCACUAUCAUCAUCACGAGCCUGCACCUGCUCUGCCCCCCAAACCCUACCUGAGGGAGGGGUGCAUCCCUGAAGAGGACCUGAGGCCAGUUCCAAGGCCCAUGCCCCGCAAGAUCUCCCAGCCUCUGCUUACUAACAAGGAGGAACAAGCCAAGGUGGCCUGGGAACAUGGCAUCAGUGAAGAAUAGAAGAAGUACAAGGUUCGGCUUGGACCAUUGGCUUUGGCGUGAUGGGUUGUCUGGUUUUAAUAAUGUUGAUACCCCAAAGCAGUGACUGGUUUAGAACUUUCUACUCUAGUUCCAGUAUAUCCAGUGUAGGUCUUUUAAACUUUUUCAGAAGUGCUUGCCAUUUUGCUGAGCUUCUACAUGCUAGUGAGAUUUUUACUUUUUGUCCUGAUUGGGUGUUGGAUGGGUGUUGCUCAGGAACAUCGAGUUCAAAGUGAAACCCCUCAAAAAUAUCUGUGUAUUGUUUGGAUGACACAGACAUGAUAAGAAUCCCAAAGGUUGUGAUGGUACGGAAAGACACCUUAAGGGAGCCCAAAAUGGUUUUCAAGGAGGCAGGUUAGAAAAAUCUGCACUUUUCAAUGUUCUAGAUCCAAGAAUUUCAUGCCCUAAGAUGUGUAUACACCUCUUCUCAAGUUCUCCAAGUUGUUAACACUUCUUAAUUAUUAUUCCAAUGGUUCCGACUGACUUCAUUAAGCACUUUUCCACCAUUAGGCCAAAUGGUUCUGAGCAUGGUAACGGUUCCAGUAGCAUUUCCAUUUGAGCACGAUUCGGUACAGUACAGUACAAUUCUAAACCGUUCCUGGCCUAGAUUUCCCAGCAUGGUUAGCUAAGAACCAUGCUGAUGGAAUGGCUUUAGUAUGUGGCAGCUCACAAUUAGUCACUUGCUCAGUCAGUCCAUUCUAAUAAUUAUUUUGCAGAACAACAGUGGAAGAAGAUAUCAUUUACAGUCCCACAACGUGAACUGCUCCGCCUAAUAGUGGAAAAGCAGCUAUUAAUCCACAAACAAUUCAGUGUUGACAAACCUUGGCAGGAAAUUGUUCAAUUCUGGUUGGGUUGCACUUUAGCACUUAACAUUGGAGCACCAAAAACCAUUAAUAGUUUUGCUUUUUUUCAGAAAUGAUAAUGCUAGCAGGGGUCAAGAGUGUUUCAGUGGCUAAAUUUUAAAUUAAGUUAACUCACAUCUCACUGACUCACAUAAGCGUGGAUUUCAGAAGAUCUUUGAAGAUGUUUGAAGAUCUCUUCGCCGUCUAAGCAUGCUCAUUUCCUCUGACAGGAUAUUUAAUUCUCGAUCUAAUGCGAGAGCCUCAAACGCCUUUUCAUUAACACAGUGGGUGAUAUAACAUGCUAACACUUCUUUAGAUAACUGAAAACACUUAACGGAACAACUGCUACCUCCUGCACAGUUGCGGGAAGCUUCUCCCGAGAGAAGCUGCUUUAAUUUGACAGUAAGAGGCUUUUACAAUCUUCGUAAAGCCUCAUUACACCCACAAUAUUGUUGCGCUGCAAAAGCAAAUUAGCCACUCUGAACACUACUAUCCCGUUACGCUAAUAACACAACAGUCAAAGAGCUGUUCUAUCAAAGCCAUUUCACAGAUGUGUCCUCAUGGUAAAGCGGCUUUUAGUCUCUGCUGGUUUCUUGGGGAUUUGAUUUCCGUUCCUCUGAGUUGAUGGUUUUCAUAAAGAAGUAUAUAUUUUUAGAUAGAGCUGUUAUAAAAUUCUAAGAUUUUAAUAUGAUUGUACAGUAAAAAAGAGAUAGAAUAAGUAUUGCUCAGAUUAUAUCAUAAAAAUUAUGACAGAUUAUAUCACACGUUGCAGGGGUGGAAAGGAGGUAAGAUUCACAAAUGUUUGUGUUUUGUUUUAUUCAAGUUUAGGGACUUUGAAAAGUCCUUCAGCUGCUGAUAGAUGUGCACUUAAUAUCUUAUGUUGUUCCGUAAUAAUUUUUGAUGACUUGAAAGUGCACAUUAUUUAAAAAGCUUGUUUUUAUGUACAAUUGUGCAUGUUCUCUUCAAUGGUGGCGAUAAUAUUGUCCUACAUCACUUGAAGGGAGGGUCUGGUAGAGAUUUUACUUGUAUAUCUACUCAUCUUCACAAUUAACUCACAUUUAAAGUCACAUGACAUUGUUAAUUAUUUCUGCUUUGGGUGACACACUGCUCACUGAGUCUGAGACCGUCAAUCUACAGGCCAAUUUUAAUUUUAUUUUCGAGAGAAAAGCAAGAAUGGGCAUUGUCCUUAUAUUGAGACAUCCUAACGAGGUGUGACGCUAUAAAGUGACAAGUGCAAAAUCUCAUGUUGAUCCGAGUUUGUCGGUCAUAACGUUUCUGUAUUUCUGUCACAUUGUGCUGUGUAGCCCCACCCACAAUGGAUUCUUAUUGGUCCAAAAUCCCAUUCCACAUAGCUGUACUUAUAUCAAACAUCAAAUAUAUUCUGAUUGGCUUGAUUGUGUGGCAUUGCACAGCAUUUCCGCUAACAGUAUAGCAUAUAGUUUCAACAAAAUACUUGAUGAGACAUUUCUUAUCCACUGUAAAUGUUUGGUCUUUUAUUGUGGGCAUUAUCACAUAAUUUAUAUUGUUUUUUAAAAUAUAUACUUUAACAAUUUAAUUUGAUGCUACCUUAAUUUGUGGAGUUAAACCUCCUUUUUCCGUCACUUUUAGGUAGGCAAUUUCUGUUGCACACACAAAUUUUGUGAUUUAUGGUUAAUUUGGUUUGUCACUUCAUUAUCAUUAUUCAUUAUCAUUUAUUCAUUUAAAGGUCUGGCAUGCAAUCACAAAAUAUACUCAAGGCAACACAUAGUAUGAAAUGUACUUCAGCUCCAUACUUGAAGAAUAUGGUAAAAGGCAAGUAUUUAGGUAAUCUUUGGCAAGGCUUUUUUAUUUGUGCUUCUGUAAUAUGAAGACUGUACUCUUUAAUGAUGAGGUAUGUACAGAAAGAAAUGUAUGUUAACUUAAUGGCUGAUAGUUCAUCGCUAACAGCCUUUUUAUUGCCAGAUAAAGAAAAUACAUGCAAAUGUAUUCAUAGAGGGCCUACCGUUAAUGUGAAAGUUAAUUCAUUAAUUUAAGAAUAUUCAAAUCUGUUUCCCUUUUGUCAGAAUAGACAUAAACCACCAUCAUAUCUCCAUUCUGUCUAUUUGUUUUUACGACACUUCCUCCUUAAGUAAGGCUUAGCUGGUGAUGGUAUAUAUAUUUGUAGAUUAUUAUUAUUUUUUAUUAUUUUUUUUAUUAUUAUUUACUCAAUGAUAAAGACAUAUAAUGACAAAAAUAUAUAGAUGUGCAUUUUGUCUCCAAAGACUGAUGAGUUUUGAAAAGUUAUUGUUAUUAAUCUUAAGGUUAAUUCAGACAAUAGAAAUAUUUUCUAUAUACAUUAAAUAUGGAGUGAUCAGGGAAGGAAUCUAUGCAAAGAUCGAGUGAUAAAAGACUGUAUGAACUGCUCGAGUAUAUCCGGAAUGGCCCAUUCUGUGAAUAUUAGCACUGAUAUACUAAAAAGCAUUCAUAUUUAUUGGUUUGAACAUUUCUUUUUAUGACUUUCUUGAUAUUUUGCAUGCAAAUAUUGACUGAUGGAUACUGUGUGUCUUGUAUUCAUACACAUUCAUAAUUUUGCUUGCGUAUCCAAGCAACAAUAAGAUAUGGAAGAAAAAAAAGUAGGCUAUAUAAUCACAAUUCAUUAAAACUUGCUUUUAAUGAAGGUACUCAUUUGGCACAAACGACCAUGUAAAAACAAGUGUACAUAUUUCACAUGUUUGAUAUCUCAAUGGAGGCACGCUGAAAGUUUUGGAUUCAAAGUUUUGGAUUGAGGGUGACAUUUUAUUUUUUACAUGAUGAAGUUGCCCUGAUAAACAUCUGUAAGUCAAACUAGCUCAAUACUUUGUUCAUAUAUACAGCAUUAUGUGUGCAUUGCUAAUAAAAUAUUGUGUUUCUUUUCCUGUAUUUUGCUAAAAGAAUUGGUGACUUGAAUAUUGUCAGUUUCUGGAAGGUGAAAUUGGAAAGCAAAGGGAAUACAGGAGAAAAAAUGACUGAAAUGCAUUCUUUGCUAGUUGUACAUAUAGAAAUACUGAGGAAAGUUGGGUACUAAACACUCUGGCCUGCAUUACAGUUUGUACCACACCAUGUCUGGCUUUAUUUUGUGUAUAUAAUCCUUUGAAAGCUUUGUAUUUAUAUGGUCAGGAGGGACAAAUCAUGUAUAGACCAAGAUUAAUUGUCUGCCUUGUACUUUAUGAUGUAAAUGUGUUUUUAAAACUAAAAAUGCAAACAGGUAAAAAAAAAAAAAAAAAUCUUUAAUGGCCUAACCACUACAGUUAUUUUGUGUAUUUUGCAUCGAAAUCAAAAGAACAUUAUGUUUUACCAUGCAGAAAUACGAAAACCUUUGUACAAGUAUUCUCAAAGUAUUUUUUUCUGUAUAUAUUGUGCUAGCAUGAAUAAAUGUGGUGUGGAUUUUAGAUGUAAAUACACAGUUGUUUUUCCUACUCACUUAACCGCUGUGAUGUGUAAUUCAUUCAUAAUGCCUAUAAUUAAAGAUAAUGUUUUACUGA